AUGGACGAUGCGGACGAAAUGUACCACCAAUUGUUUGCCUUGGACGUGGAGCACAUUGAAAAACAGACGGAACCGCUCAACGACACCGCGGCCCGUCCGGCUCUGAUGCGCAUCGUCAAGGAAUUGAUCCAGGAACGGAAAAACCUCCGACAAAAUCUUGCAGAAUCUGCCGAAAAAUUGGCGGAUGCGAAAGCUGAUCUGGACCGCGUAGACCGGGAAGAUCGCGAACGCACUGCUACGUUCGUUCGAUAUCUGGAAAAGGUAACGACGCCCGAGACGGCGAGUGCGGGUGAGACUUCGGUUCAUUCGGAGGAUACGGUUGCCUUGGGGCCUGGGCAGAUCCCGUCGAGUGAACAAGCGACGGAACUCGUGGUGCAAUCACUCCUGGCAAAGAUAAAUGGGCUGUUGAACACGGUCGAAACGUUGACGCACGAGAACGCGGGCUUGUACGAAAGGGUACAGGAUCUGUCAUCGGAGAAUGAAGCUCACGAGACAAAGAUUGUCGUGUUGGAAUCUCAGUUCAAGACAAUCAACAAAACACGACAAAAGGUAGUUUCGCGCCUCAUGAAUCGGGCCAGUCUCAGCAUUGCCAACAACACAAAUGUCGGCGGCCGUUGUGGGAACGAGGGCAACCGAAAAAACAAUGAUUCGGAGGAAACCAAAAGCGUAACGGAAGAAGAAUCCAAGUAG